AUGGCAGCAUCUACAUUUCUAAACUUCCUAUUCCCACCCCCACCUUCUCUAUUCGUCACCACCAUGUCUGUUAUAAGCAUCGCUUCACUCGCUAACGCCGGUUUCAGCGAAGUUAGAGGAAAGCACAUGAGUUACUCCAAAUUCUGGAACGUUAAUAACGAUAAUGCGACUGAGAAAAAGCAGCAAGUGAAAUUAUCGAGUAGAACUGGUAUGUUGUUGUUGUAUACUCCUGCUUUUCUUGCUGGUGCGGCGUCGUUUUGGGUGUUUCCUGAUGAUGGUUUUAGAUCUACGGUUCUUCAGUCUGCUGUCACGAUUCAUUUCUUCAAGAGACUGUUUGAGGUUCUGUUUGUCCAUAAAUACAGUGGUUCUAUGGCACUUGAGUCUGCAAUUAUCAUCACACUGAGCUAUUUUCUCUCAUCUGCAACCAUGAUUUAUGCUCAACAUCUCACAUUGAAUCUUCCAGAACCAUCAAUCAAUCUAUUGUAUCCUGGAAUUGCAAUGUUUCUUGUUGGCAUAACUGGCAACUUGUACCAUCAUUAUCUUCUAUCGAAAUUAAGAGGAAAAGGUGAAAAGCAAUACAAAAUUCCAAAAGGUGGCUUAUUUGAGUUUGUGAUAUGUCCUCAUUAUCUUUUUGAAAUUAUUGGGUUUUAUGGUUUUUCAUUGAUUUCUCAAACGUUGUUUGGAUUCUCUUUCGCAAUUGGCACUACUUUUUACUUGUUGGGUAGGAGUUAUGCUACUAGGAGAUGGUAUCUUUCUAAAUUUGAAGAUUUUCCUAAGAAUGUUAAGGCAAUUAUUCCAUUUAUCUUCUAG